AAUCUGUUCAGCCCUGUGUCUAGAACAGUUUCCAAGCCAAGCAGCUAGUCGACCCUUAGCCGUUCAGCUUUAUAUAGUGACCGAAAGGUAGACUCCAGGUAGAGAAGAAUGUGGUUGAGCUCCGACAUGCUAAACUCUCUGGUUUACUGGGAGAACCCCCGAGACUCCGGGAUCGCCUUUGGACCCGUCCUUGUCUGCCUGCUCGCUUGUAGAUACAUCUCUCUCAUCUCCGUCCUGGGAAACCUGGCCCUAGCCCUGGUCACUGCUACUGUCAGCUUCAGGAUCUACAAAUCCGUCCUGGCCGCCGUUAACAAAACUCAAGAAGGACAUCCUUUCAGGCAAUAUUUGGAGUGUGAUGUAACCCUUCCUUCUGAUAAGAUUUCUCAGCUCGUAGAUUCUCUCCUUGCCAGGUUUAACAACUACAUGACCAAGCUGAAGACCAUUAUCCUUGUUGAAGAUAUUAUUGAGUCCGUUAAGUUUGCUGUUGCUAUGUAUCUGUUGACCUAUGUUGGAGGUAUGUUGAACGGAUUAACCGUACUGAUCCUGGGCUGGGUUGGACUAUUCUCCCUCCCCCGUCUCUACAGGGAUAACCAGAAGCAGAUUGAUGAUGCAAUCCUACCAUUGAAAUCUAAACUUGAAGAACUCCAGGUUAAGGUAAUGUCCUCCCUCCCUGCCUCUGUAACUGGAAAGAAGGAAGAAUAAACAAAGAAGAUAAAGGAAGAAGAGAAGAAAGAUGAAGAAGAGUUAAAAUAGAAUAAAUACCAUCCCUAAAUAUUCAUUUAUAGAGCUCGCGUCUAGCUUAGCUCGGGCGCAUAUAUAUCAAUAAAAGUUUAAAAAUUAUAA